AUGGCCUCCAUCGGAGCUCUUCCUCAAACUCUGAAGUCCAUUACUGCUACCAAGAUCACUGAGCUGUCUAAGCAGCGAGCUCUGUUCGACAAAAAGAAAGCAGAAAUCCUCGAAGCGACCAGUGCUACCCAGGACCUGAGAAAUCAAGCUCUGAUCCUACUAAAUGGCCUCUCUCGUCUCAAGGGGUACCCAAAAGAUGCAAUUGACAAGGACGAUAUGGACCUAGAUGUUGAAUCUGAUGACAAUGAAGAGGUGGAUGUUACCUUGCCCGGGAUGGGUCAGCUAUAUCAGGCCGAUCACACCAACAUACGCCGCUUUCUCUUACAAGGCCGUUAUGAUGCAUCUAUAUCAACAUCAACUCUGAAAGGAUGGAUCGCUAGCCUGGAGAAUGAACUGCGGUUCUUGGAACUCAAGCAUGAGCAUGCCACGUUCUAUAGCAAAUUGGUCACUGAAUGGCUGUCGCAUCUUGAUAACGAAGCCGCAAACUCGGAUGCCGGCUUCGAAAGCCUUGGUCGUGCAGAAAUGCACGAGCAACGAGCCAAAUGGGAGUCCCUUGUCUUCAUUUCCCCCACUCACGUGGAUGAGAAGGCCAUUCGUGAUUAUCUUGAUGGUUUAUUCCGGCGAUCCAAAUUAUCUCGACAGUCUCUCAAGGAGCUUCGUGCAAAAAUUCACAAAUUUGGAAACGAUAUGGCCACCAAGGGAGAAUGGUUGAAUGUCGAGAAACUACAAUUGGUCUCCAAGUCUCUAUUAAAAACCGAUCUUCUCAGCGCCGACAAAACAACUGUACUGAAAGAGUUCUUACGGAACACAGAGGUUUCACAAGAGGUGGCAGACGUGCUCAACAUGCGUCUGGCAUCUCUUGACACUUGGAGCUGGUCUGGGGAUGGUAUUCCGGUCGAAAUGCGCCGUCAGUUGAAUGGCAAAUACCGUGUCUUUAUGGACGAAGAUCUUCUUGACAGCCUUCUACUACAGUAUCUAGGGACAGAAUGGGCCGUCAAGCUUCGCGAACUGUUAAUGGACUUCUAUAAUUCGCAUGCAUGGAGCCCCCUCAGUGAGAACAUUCCGGAAGAGGAUGUCAAAAGACGCAAAUUUUUCCUGGAAUCAGGCCUUAUGAAUUCUCGAAAUGGAUCAAUCAAUCUUCUACGAGAGCAAACCUACAAAGAAAAAUAUUUCAUGAGCCAGCUUCCUGCAUCCGCAAAGGAAGGGACCCGAAGCUACGAUGAUGAUGCCCAGGAAAAGAAUGCCCUGGACAUAAAGCAUUCUCUUCUGCAUCUUCUGAUCACGGAAUCUCUUAUCUACAAUCGGUAUCGGGGAGAGUUCACAGCAAUCCGGUCUGACUACCAGUGGUUCGGACCGUCUUUGCCUCAUGCGACAGUCUUGACUGUUCUGGAAUAUUUUAACGUCCCAGAAAUGUGGCUUAAAUUCUUUAAGACAUUUUUAGAGGCACCUUUGAAGUUUUUUCAGGAUGGCCCCGAUGCUGUAGUUCAGGUCCGCAGGUGCGGCGUCCCCAUGAGCCAUACUUUGUCGGAUGUAUUUGGGGAGGCUGUGCUAUUUUGCAUGGACUAUGCAGUCAAUCAAACCACAGAUGGAGGCAUACUGUACCGACUUCAUGACGACUUUUGGUUUUGGGGUACCCAGAAGACCUGUGAAGAGGCUUGGCGUGGAAUGACUGAGUACGCCAAAGUAAUGGGUCUUGAGUUUAAUCAAGAAAAAACUGGCACCGUUCAGAUGGGAAGAUCAGGCAUUGAAAGGAAUCCAAAUUUCCCAGUUGGGGACAUUCGCUGGGGCUUUUUGGUUCUAGAUGCGGAACAAGGUCGAUUCGUCAUUGAUCAGAAACAGGUGGACCAGCAUAUCGACGAGCUCAAUAUUCAGCUCUCUUCUUGUAAGAGUGUCUUUGCUUGGGUUCAGGCAUGGAAUAGCUAUUUUGGGAGAUUCUUCCCCAAUAAUUUCGCAAAGCCAGCUAUGUGUUUCGGGCGCGAUCACAUUGACAUGGCUAUUAGUACUCUCAGCCGUAUUGAACGGUCCCUUUUCAGCAAAUUAUCAGACAGAACUUCUAAUAUCCAGGGAGGUGUGACCGAAUACCUCCGCACUAUAAUUGCGGAAAGAUUUGACAUUAAUGGCCUCCCGGAAGGAUUCUUCUACUACCCUGUCGAUCUGGGCGGGCUCGGGCUUCUUAACCCCUUUAUUCAGCUGCUGGCUAUGCGAGAAAAUAUCAAGCAGACACCACGCAAGUUUCUUGAAAAGCCAGAGUUGGCAGAUGAGAAGAGAUACCUGGUUAUGAAAGAGCGUUUUGAGAAGCAAGGCCCUACUUCCUCGAAGACUUGGAUGGAUGACAACGAUAAGCCUCUUCCAUUUAUGUCGUUGGAAGAAUUUACAAAAUACCCCGAGUCAUACAACAGCGAACUUCGGGAAGCAUACACUUCCCUCACAUCUGUGCCUGAGGAGAAGAGCAUCUCCUCCACCGCAGGGUUUACCAAGAGCCAGCGGGGACUCAAGGGGUCCCGCGAUGGGGCUGCCAAAUCUGGACCUAUAUCUGCAAAUUGGGCUGAUAUGACACCUUAUUGGCGCUGGAUCGGAGAACUGUAUCAUGACGAGAUAGUUCGCAAGUAUGGGAGUCUGGCAGCCGUUAACCGCGAGUUCAUGCCUCUGGGGGUUCUCAAGACCUUGAAAGAAGAUCGUUUGAGGUGGCAAGGCUAA